UGACGCGCCUGGUCUUGUGCUCAGUGCACGGUGUAUUUGGAAGCUCCGGGACGAUUUUAAAGCUGAGAAUCACUCGGGAUGGGACGACGCUCUACUGACAGUGAAGAUGACAGUCGGAGCAGAAAGAAAAGAAAACAGCGCCGCCGCUCGUCCUCUUCAUCCUCGUCUUCGUCCUCGUCCUCCGGCAGCAGAGUGACCAGCAGCCGCAGCCGCAGGUCCAGUCGCCGGAGUCGAUCUCGCUCCAAAGACAGACGGAGAAGACGGCGUUCCAGCAGCAGUUCCUCCCACAGUUCAUCUCACAAGAGGAGGAGUCGCAGUGGAGGGAGGGACAAAGGGAGGAGCCAUCGUGCUCACAGGUCACGCAGCCGAGACAGGAGGUCUCAUUCUCGCCACCGAAGGUCGCGCAGUCGGAGUGGCAGCCGCAGCCGGCGAGGAAGUCGCAGUCAUCGGAGGAGUCGCAGCCACAGCAGAGAGCGGGACCGCAGCCGGCGCAAGGGCCGUGACCGGGAGAGUGAGAAAGAGAAGGAGAGGGACAGAGGAAGAAACAGAGACAAGGACAAAGACAAAGACAAGGACAAGGACAAGAGUAAAGACAAGGCUGACAAAAAGGGGGACGCCGGGAACAUCAAAGGCAGAUUAGAACAUCUGACUCCAGCAGAGCAGGCUAAAGUUCGGAUGCACAUGGUUCUGCAGGCUGCGGCUAAGACGGAUGAGGUGCUGAGGGCCAAAGUAGCUAAGAGAGAGGAGGAGGCCCUAAAGAAAUUAGAGCAAGAGGGAACUUCUCUGGAGGAGCAAGUGCGAAGGAUAAAGGACAUAGAGGCCAUUGAGAGUGAUUCCUUUGUUCCUCAGGCUUUCAAAUCAUCCAGGGAUGAUAUAAAGACUGAAGCAGCUGUGGUGAAGCAGGAACCAGACAGUGCAGAUUCUCAGGACAUCACUUUGCCCACGUCCAUAGUCUAUAACGACAGUGACACACUCGCCCAUCCCAGUUUGUUCAUGGACAAGGAGAAAGCAGAAGAGCUGUGGCUCAACAGACUGGUCUCACUGCGGCAGGAGAGGCUCAUGGGAAGUCCUGUACCCUGAAACACACCACGAACCAAGAGGAUCCUGGACAUUUUCAGUCCUAUUCUAUUGUGUUUUAGGACAUCAUAUGAUUUCUCACUGUACCCUCCACUAAUACUUCUCACCUGUUCUUUAUUUGGGCGUCAUUUAUUUUUUACUGGAAAUAUUUCAGUGAGGUGAAAUGAGACUUUACUAUGUAGAUACCUUUUGUUGUGUCUUUUGUACUAAAUAAAGCUAGCUGUGGGUUUUCUUUGA